GGUUGUAUUGAAUACUUGAGUUUGAUGUAGAAUCAGCCAAAUAAACUAAAUAUCAGGUUGUUGUUGAAACGCGAACAUCUCUGUGAAUAAACUGAAGGUUAAUAUAAAUAUUGAGGGUUUUAAAAAGUGCGGAUUUUGUCACUUUGAGCCUCUUUAGCUGUUCGUUGUUCCGGUUCCUCUAAGAAGAUUCAGUAGUUUUUUUUAACACGGUGGAGACAAACAUGGAGGACAUGUUCAUCAAACCAGGUCAGAAUCAGCUCCUCUGUUACAUAUAAACAUAAAUACACUGAUAUUAAACUCAGUAAACUGAUGUUAGGUUUGUUUGAUGAAGAUAAAGACCGGCUCGGUGCAGCUGUCGCUCUCCUGUCAGCAGUUAAACCGUCUGAAGGACCCCGCUGUUAAAACUCAUAAUUUUAGUUACUUUUCCUCUUUUUGGAUCGUGAGAACAGAAUUAAUCAGUAAAACUUGGAUAAAUAAACAGAUUACACACGGUUCUUGGCUUCGGCGUACAAAAUGUGUACCAGUCAACAAAUAAACAGGUAAAAAAACAGGUUUCUGAGGCUGAGUCCGAGUUUGUCACCGGGGUGAAGUUAGUUUGAAGUUGGAUAUUCGACAUCAGGGGGAAAUAUUUCUUUAAUAAACAGUUAAUUUAAACGAAGAGAUUAGAAAUAUAAAAACUAAAGCUGUCUGAGAUAUGCCUCUUAUCUUAGAUUUAUAAAGAAGAAGGGUUCCCCGGAGUGAAUAUCACACUCAGAACUGACUUCACCCAAGUUCUUCAGUUCUGACUCAUUAUUGAUUAAAGCCGUUUGGUCAUAUUUAGCCUAUCGAUAAUGUCAGUCUACUUUAACCCGGAUUAUCUAACCCUCUCAUAGUUUGUGUUGGUUUUAUAAGCAGCAGUUCAUGUGAUAAUCUGCAGGUUUCAGGAUUUAUUCAGUCAUGUCAGAGUUAAAAAAAAAACAGACACAACUUUGACUUUGACUGAAUAAACACGAUCUUUAGCAGUAAUUUCACAACCUCAGUUUUUGAUGUCCUGAAAGUUCACAGGACAGAAACACAGAAACACUUUCACUGCGUUUAUGGAGUAAACAGGAUUUUAACCUGUGGAGAAUCAUCGUCGUUAUAAAACCAGCUCCUGUUUUACAGCCAAACCUCAAAAAUAUGACAAACAGGCUCAGUGUUACAGCUGAGAGAUGUUAUCACAGCAGAGAAGGAAGGUUAGAGACUCUGUGAAGAUCUCCAUUAAUACUGAACCAGAUCUCCAGGUUUAGGACCAACAUCUGCAUCCAUCCAGACCAGGACAGAGAAGACCUUCAUAUGAUCCAGAACCACAUCCUGACAACAGCAUGGCUCUGUAGGAGAGCAGUCCUGCUGAGAAACUGGACUGAGGAAAUCUACUUCUAGACUUCUAGAAUCAGCAUCUCCUCAUCCAUGGUGUCAUCGGGGUGAAAUGACGUCUAAAAACCUUUCACUUGUUCGUCUCCGCCCGUUUGCAUGGUGUGAAAUACGAUCCUCCUGAAACACGGAGUGUUUUAUUUUGAAAAGAAGCCGGAUGUUUUAUUUUGUGUCUGUGCCCGACUUCCUUUCCAGCACGGGUUAAUCUGUGCUGAAUUUAUCCGCCAUGCUCCGGCGUCCACCCCCCGCAGUGACAGUCUACGUUUCAGUCUCUGUCGGUGAACUGGUCUGAAGCUUCAGAAAUUAAGUUUGUUAGAACGGCGGUAAAAUGUCGGGAUCAUGUAACUGUUCGGACUGACCUCUCUCUCUCUCUCUGUUGCCAAGGAAACCAGGAGCGAGGAUGGAAUGACCCCCCUCAGUUCUCCUACGGCCUCCAGAAGGCCCACGGACCCCAGAGGAACCUCCUGAAUAAGAGGGUAGCUCCACCUGCAGCCUCAGGUCAGUGUGAUCCUGAACCAGCUCACCUGGGGGACCUGUCCUCCAUCGUCCUGCUGUGAUCCUGUUAUCGUCUAACGUCUUUGCUCUGAUUGGCCUUUAGGUUCAGGAGCCCCUCCAAUGACUCCUCCUUCCUCCAGCCCUCUGGCCCCACCCCCAAUGGGUGCAGCUCCGCCUCCUAGGUGUCCAGGUGAGUAAGAGAUGAAGACAAGAGUUCAAUAAAAGCUCAACAGUUCCUCACGUAUGUCUCCGCCUCACAGCUGGUCCGCCUCCUGGCUGUGUUGCCACGCCCCCUCCACCUCUAGGACCAAUGAGAAGUCAGGGGGAAGCACCCAGCAGCCAACCAGAGAGUGAGCCUGAUGUAGAGGCCGUGCUGUCGGUGUUGGACAAAGCGCUCACCGCCUGCAGACAGACCGUGAAGGUAAGUUCACCUCCACACCAGCAGGAGGCGACACACAGGUGACUGACAACACACACGCGUCACCAUGGUUACCGCUCAGAGGUAACGGUGUGAAGUACAAAGACAGGUGUGUCAGGAGGCAGUACCUGUCAGUGCAGUUCCUCAGGUGGCCACAAGGAGGAAGUUCAGACUGAGUCUCUGGCUGUGUCUCAUUUCAGAGACCGCAUCGAUCUAAGUGCCCUUCUGCACCGUCGAACGGUGCAUUUGAAGUGUGCAUGACGUCACGACGGUGCGAACGGUGUCCCGUUUGGCACGAGAUGCUAAAAAAUGCUAAGCGCGCUUAGCAUGUUUUCAAGCGUGCAUUUAUCCACGCUUUCGUGCCGUCGGUAUCCCAGAAUCCAUUGCGUGCCGCUGCACAGCUGCGCAUUUCAGGUGAGAGGCUGGACUCGCUUGGAGACGCAGCGCGUCUUCAAAGAAAUACAAGCAAUCCAAAACCAGCAGACAGUCAGCUCAGGCUGUAUGAGAGCAUGAUCUCUGAACUCACUAAAAUCUGUAAACCAAACAUUAUAGAUUUAGAGACGAACUGAUCCGCUGUGUUACAACUAUCAAAAACAUUAGAAAUAAGAAAGCUGACAAAACUACAGCAGAGUAUCAGGACAACAUUGAGGUUUUUUUUUCUUUUAAAAUUUAGAGAUUAAAGUUGUAAAUUUAGGAGAAUAAAGUCAUAAAGUAAAUAAAGUCAUAAAGCUGCUUUUGUGGAGGGGGAAAUGACUGAAGCUGGUCAUCUGCAGGGUUAUCUGUGGAUGUAUCAGCGGGUCAUUCAGAGAGAUUUUGUGGUUUCUGAAGAAACAAUCAAACUGAUGAUGAUCAACAUUUGUGAUCCAGAGGGAGUCGAGCUCCGACGAGCACCACGUCUCUGACACCGGCGGUAGCCUACACCUGCAGAGACACCAACACCUUAUUACUGCAUAUGGAUUCAUAUCAUAAACUAAAGCUCAAUGUCAUUCACGGAUAUUUACGGCUGCAUUGACAGAUAUAUCCUCAGCAUAUUCAUUUCUGCCUCCACAAAAGCAGCGAUUUCCUUCAAGUACACCAAUUUUUUUCCCGUGGAAAAGACGUAUUUCUCAUAUAUUCUUUUUAAAGUCUUUAUACUUAUGACAAUGUGAUGCUGAUGUGCCAGAGGAUGAAGAAUCUCCUAUCCUCCUUCUCAAUAGGGCCCUCAUACUCCUUCAUACAAAACAAUCAUUGGAUUAAUUUUGUGGGAAUGAUCUGGGCUUGUAUGUAUCUACUAUUUUGUGCCUGUGCAAGGUCGCACAAUUAAAACAAUACAUGCUGCGCUCCGCAGCUUUUUUUCUAAUCAGUCGUGACGUAAGCCUGAGGGCGGGGACAUUUGGAGACCUUCGGAGGACUUCCUGGUGGAGUUGCCAAAUGUCCCCGCCCUCAGGCUCGCGUCACGACUGACUUAAAGGAAACCCGCGGAGCGCAGCAUUUAAUGUUUUAAUUGUGCGACCUUACACAGACACAAAAUAGUAGAUACAUACAAGCACAAUUCAUCCAAUGAUUGUUUUGUAAGAAGGAGUAUGAGGGCCAUAUUGAGAUUUAAGACUUUAAGGACUUCGAGAUUUAAGUCGUGAAUUUACGAGAAUAAAGUCAUUAAUUUAUGAGAAUGAAGUCAUAACCUGUUAUUUCAGAGAGACUUGUUAAAAUUAGGGCCAUGAAGCAUUUGAAGGAACUGUGCUUCAGUAUAGGUUUCACAAACAAGGAGAUUCUUCAUCCUCUGGCACAUCAGCAUCACAUUGUCAUAAGUAUAAAGACUUUAAAAAGAAUAUAUGAGAAAUACGUCUUUUCCACGGGGAAAAAUAUUGGUGUACUUGAAGGAAAUCGCUGCUUUUGUGGAGGCAGAAAUGAAUAUGCUGAGGAUAUAUCUGUCAAUGCAGCCGUUAAUAUCCGUGAAUGACAUUGAGCUUUAGUUUAUGAUAUGAAUCCAUAUGCAGUAAUAAGGUGUUGGUGUCUCUGCAGGUGUAGGCUACCGCCGGUGUCAGAGACGUGGUGCUCGUCGGAGCUCGACUCCCUCUGGAUCACAAAUGUUGAUCAUCAUCAGUUUGAUUGUUUCUUCAGAAACCACAAAAUCUCUCUGAAUGACCCGCUGAUACAUCCACAGAUAACCCUGCAGAUGACCAACUUCAGUCAUUUCCCCCUCCACAAAAGCAGCUUUAUGACUUUAUUUACUUUAUGACUUUAUUCUCCUAAAUUUACAACUUUAAUCUCUAAAUCUUAAAAGAAAAAAAAAACUCAAUGUUGUCCUGAUCCUCUGCUGUAGUUUUGUCAGCUUUCUCAUUUCUAAUGUUUUUGAUAGUUGUAACACAGCGGAUCAGUUCGUCUCUAAAUCUAUAAUGUUUGGUUUACAGAUUUUAGUGAGUUCAGAGAUCAUGCUCUCAUACAGCCUGAGCUGACUGUCUGAUGGUUUUGGAUUGCUUGUAUUUUCUUCGAAGACGCGCUGUGUCUCCAAGCGAGUCCAGCCUCUCACCUGAAAUGCACAGCUGUGCAGCGGCACGCUAAGAAUUCUGGGAUACCGACGGCACGAAAGCGUGCAUACAUGCACGCUUGAAAACGAGGCGGGGGUAGUGUGGUUUUGAGACCGAAUUUGAAGCGCGUUUUGUGCCAAACGGGACACCGUUCGUGCCGCGUGGUGACCUCACGUACGCGUCAGAUGCGCCGUUCGAUGGCUGCUGUAUCUGAAAUGGGACACAGGAAGGGCACAGAACGGCGCAAAACGGCGUAAAACGGCUCAAAACGGCAGUGCACUCAGCUAAGCGCCGUUAAGCGCGCUUAUCACGAUGCGGUCUCUGAAAUGAGACACAGCCUGAGUCUCUGUGUCUCAGUUCAGGGUCGACACACGCUAGUGCAGAUCUUAAACUUCUCGUAAAUUCACGACUUAAUUCUCAUAAAUUAAAGACUUUAUUCUCGUAACUUGACGACUUUAAUCUGAAAUAAAUCGUAAGUUUACGUCCUGUCCUCUCAUUGGUCGUCACUUUGUAACCUCUGUGUUAGUGCUGGACGAUAAUUCGAUAACAAUAUAUAUCGAUCGAUAGACGUGUGGUACGAUAGAAAAAAAACGGGUCGAUAAAAAGUUCGAUAGAAAAACACAGUUUCCCUUUCUUUUUCAUCAUAGCCUAUCAUGUAGCUUUUACUACAGUCAUUACUUCCUCCCAACCAAUCACAAACGCAGACCCAGGUACGCUACGGCACCAAGCCCAGCCCCUCUCAAACCACAACAGACAGCACGUGUAUUAGAAAAAAUGAUACAGCAAGGAGAAGCGGAGGACAUUGUCCCGAAAAAAGGUUUCAGUAGUUCACCAGCAUGGCAAUGUUUUGGUUUUUAGAAGUCUGACAAAAAGCGAACAGCGGUCGUUUGCAAAAUUUGCAGAGAAUUAGUAAAAACCAAGUCUGGUAACACAACCAACUUGUUUUACCAUCUAAACCGAUCGCACCCGCAGGAGUACGAGCUGUGUCGGCCGCGCCGCGGCUCCACGUCGUCGGAGGAGGAAUCCUCUGGAACCGCUGCCAGCACCAGCACAAAGCAUGUGAAGCCGACCAAACUGGACUUCGUUUCUUGCCAAAAUACGACAAAGCGUUCGAGCGGCAUAAGGACAUCACCCAUGCAGUAACAUGCUCCAUAGCGAGGGACAUACUGCCAAUAACUACCAUUGAAAAGCCUGGCUUCGACCAGCUUCUAGCCACUCUCGACCCGCGAUAUGAAGUGCCCGGCCGCAAGUAUUUCUCAAACACAGCGCUUCAGGCAUGAAAAUGGGUCAGGGGUUGAAAAGGUGAGAAGGGUGCGGAGGAAAUACGUUCCGGUGUUGUACCGUAGAAUGCACCCCUGUAUCCCGUCCACUCAUUAGCUUCUUAAAGUGGAAGAAAAUGAGCUCAUAUUUUACAAAGACGCGAGUAUUUGGAUCAUGGCUACUAGCAGGGGGUGCAUUCGGCAGGGGUGCAUUCUACGACACAACACCGGCGUGGAUAAGUCCUGCUUCUCGUGCUUAGUUUGUGUAUUAAGUCAAUCACAUGAUAAUUAAAAAAAAAUAAAUCUCCCGACCCCGGGAGAAAUAUUUUAGUGUUCAGACACCAGGCUGUGGGCAGUUUCCCACACAGUUAAAACUGGUAGUAUGCUAUUCCCACCUAAAGCUAUUCUGUUUAUUUAUAUAUUUGUUUGUUUUGUUUAUUUUCAUCAAAAGACUAUUUAAAUAUUUAUUUAUCAGAUUUUCUGGUCACUUUAGUCUUUAUGUUUGUCAGUAUUUACUGAUGUCACUCAGGCCACUUAAGUUGAUUUCUUUUUUUUUUUAGUUCUUUUUUAAAAAACUUUCAGUUGUGGUAAAAAAUAAAAAAGGUGGUUGAAUAAAGGUUUGAAUUUGAAUUCAGUGCUUGUGUGUUCUUUAUUAAAAGUAGGUCAUUAAGCAAUAGCAUAAAAACAUCCAGGGCUGCAAUUAAAAUAUAUGUUAAAUAAUUAUAAUAAUCAUAUCGAUAAUUAUCGAUAUCGAUCAAUAUGAUUUAUUUUUUAUCGAUAUGCUUUUUUUCUAUAUCGUCCAGGCCUACUCUGUGUACUUGUUAGUGUGUAUUGUUUGGUGUCUGUGUCUUUUGUGUUUAUGUGUCACAUGUAUGAAAGGUCACAUGAUAUCAGCUGAUCGACCAGGGUCACUCAGACAGCCACUGACCUCUGACCUCUGACCUCUGCCUGCAGGAACAGGUGUGCAACGAUGUGGGGAAGAGGCUCCUCCUCCUCAGAGACAGCUGGUCCUCAGGGAGAUUGAGCCUGUCAGUCAGAAGACGAAUGGACAACCUGUCUCAAGGUAACACCUGUCCGUCUGUCCAUGUCCACACCUGUCUGUCCAUGUCCACACCUGUCUGUCCUCACCCUCACCUGUCCGUCUGUCCAUGUCCUCACCUGUCCGUCUGUCCAUGUCCACACCUGUCUCUCCAUGUCCACACCUGUCCGUCUGUCCAUGUCCACACCUGUCCGUCUGUCCAUGUCCUCACCUGUCUGUCUGUCCAUGUCCUCACCUGUCCGUCCAUGUCCUCACCUGUCUGUCUGUCCCUGUCCUCACCUGUCUGUCUGUCCAUGUCCUCACCUGUCCGUCCAUGUCCUCACCUGUUUGUCUGUCCAUGUCCACACCUGUCUGUCUGUCCAUGUCCACACCUGUCUGUCCAUGUCCUCACCUGUCUGUCUGUCCAUGUCCUCACCUGUCCGUCCAUGUCCUCACCUGUCCGUCCAUGUCCACACCUGUCUGUCUGUCCAUGUCCUCACCUGUCCGUCCAUGUCCACACCUGUCUGUCUGUCCAUGUCCACACCUGUCUGUCUGUCCAUGUCCUCACCUGUCCGUCUGUCCAUGUCCACACCUGUCUGUCUGUCCAUGUCCACACCUGUCUGUCCAUGUCCUCACCUGUCCGUCUGUCCAUGUCCUCACCUGUCUGUCUGUCCAUGUCCACACCUGUCCGUCUGUCCAUGUCCACACCUGUCUGUCUGUCCAUGUCCUCACCUGUCUGUCCGUGUCCUCACCUGUCCUAACCCUCACCUGUCCUCACCCUCACCUGUCUCUGUCUCAGAGCUCCAGGUGGGUCACUGGGACUCGGCUGAUGACAUCCAUCGCUCUUUGAUGGUCGAUCAUGUGACUGAAGUCAGCCAAUGGAUGGUUGGCGUCAAACGACUCAUCGCCGAGACACGGAAACUGAGUCCAGAACACUUGGAGGCUUUCCUGAAACCUGCAGAACCAGACCAGGACCCAGCAGAACCAGACCAGGACUCAGCAGAACCAGACCAGGACCCAGCAGAACCACGUCAGGACUCAGCAGAACCAGACCAGGACUCAGCAGAACCACGUCAGGACUCAGCAGAACCACGUCAGGACCCUGAAGGACUUGUCCAGGACUCGGUCUCUGAGUCUUGACUCUGUUAGUCCUGCAGAGACAGACUUUGUUAGUUCUGGUCUGGGGUUUCUCCUAAAGGGGGCACAUGUUUACCUGGUUCCGGUUCUCCUGGACUCUGGACCUGAACAUUUCUCUGAGACGUUUGUUAUCAUGUUGCCGUGGUAACGCGGUAUCAGACCCCAGUGAUCCUCAUGUAUUACUCUCUGAACAUGUGUGUGUGUGUGUGUGUGUGUGUAGUUCUAUAAAAAUACACAAACUGUUUAUUAUCAAUCAAAGUGGGAGGAGAUCAGAUCUGACCAAUCAGGGCUCUGCGCUCACCUGGAGCCUGAAACCUGAAUGUAGAACCAUGACCCGGCGCUCUGUGUGGACUGUGAUCAAUAAAUAAAGACGAGUCGAUCAGUUUCAGACAGAUGUUCGGUUCUGUUUCUGUUUCUGAGCGAAAGUCGAACAAAAACAUCAACGGUAAAGUUCGUGGUUUCAGGAUCUGGUUUCUCAUCGUGGGUCAUCAGAACCUCUCUGUGAACCUUCAUGAACUCAGGAGACCAGACCGCUGAGAACAAACCGGGUCGACCCUCUACGCUUUAAAACCGAGGACGCAGCAUCUGUGAGUUCAGUUCUUAGACCAAACGUCUCAACGAAGUCCAGAUGUCCUUUUUAACGAAGAACCAGAAAUCCUAGAUGCUGCAUCCUCAGUUUCAAAGAGUCGAGGGUCCACAGCUGAUGUGAUCUCUGACCCUGGAGCUGGUGGACCGGGUCCAAACGGUCCCGAGAUCUUUGAGAGGAAAUAAAAUCUGAACCAGAAAUCAAA